AAGAUGAAUAAUUAGGAAAGUGGAGAAAGUUAUCGCAACAGGAAAACAAAUGAAGGAGUGAAAUGUUCCGAGACUUCUAUCCUAAGAGGAUAAUAGAAUGUGAACAAAAAUCCUUGACGAGAAGAUGGAAUCGUAACAUCUCCGAGGAUUAUUUUUUUUUCUAAUGAACAAAUGAGCAACUUCGCGAUGUCUGUAUCAUCUAUAAACAUGAACGUUAUUGAUGGACAAUUCAGUCAAAUAUUAGAAACCGUAUAAAUUGAGAAAAGGUUCGUAAUGAGACAAGGGGAGUCAUAUUAGAAAUCAAGAUGGCAUGAAAUCGUAACUGAAAAGUAAAUACAUCAUUAAUAAUCCCAUAAAUUGCUUUUGUCUUUAUUGGCAAGAUUCUGGGUGCUUCGGUUUUCUCCUCUCCAGGGGAUAUGGAGGCUCAUAUAAAGAAAAUCAUCGUUGUCCUCUUGGUAACAUUUUCUUCUGCCACGUAUGACUUUGUGAUGAAACCAGAAUUCAUCGAGAAAUCCCAGGAUCUCAAUGUGACUUCAUACGUUGGCCAGACAAGUAGACUUCCAUGCACCGUAAAAUAUCUGUCUGGAAAAAGAGUUUCCUGGAUACGUCAGAGAGACUUACAGGUCUUAUCUACUGGACGCCAUACGUUCUCGACGGACUUGAGAAUUUCAGUGUUGCCAGGAAUACGCUUCAAACUCCGAAGGUCCAGAGACCUCGUACUCCAAAGGCCAUUUUUUCGUCGUGUAUCGAGAGGCACCAGGUGGUCCGGUGAAGGUUUCACGUCUAGAACGUGGAAUAUAAAGCCUCUUAAGUUUUCCACAGUCUACUAUGAUUAUCGGCAGGCUGAAUUGCAGGGAGAAAACAAGAAUGUUUUAUCAAGAGAUGUGACUUUUCACAGAAAAUUGCCCCAAGGUUCAUCUGAAAGUAUAGAAGCCAACUUAAGGAAUAAACUUUGCCACCAGCAUUUCAGAGGUAGCAAGGAAAACAUAGAAAAAAAGAUAGGUCAGGAACUUAGACCACCGUAUUUCAUAGGCAGUAACGAAAACAACAGGAGGACAGUUAUAGAUCUAUACAACCACGAACGAAAAAACAAUCCUACGUACAAAAACGACACAGGGAAACUUCUAAGUCACAAAAGUUCUUGGGUUCGACGGAGGAAGAAGAGGUCUAAAAAGGCAACAACUUCGCAAAUUCACGAGGCACAAAUUAAAGAAGAAUCACAAACAAUGAUUUUGGAAACAACAACGGAUCAGUCUCCAGACAAGAGUCAUUCACAGACGAGUGAGAAAGGUCCCAUAGCCAUCUUCCCCCAAGGUCCAGUCCCGACUGCCAGAGAAUACAAACACCGGAAGUUGACCCCUAAUUACAUCGAUGGUGCUUGGGAGCCCGAGGAUUAUUCCUUGCAGAUAAAGGACACUAAACCUGAGGACGCUGGGACUUACAUAUGCCAAAUUAACACGGAGCCGAGGAUAUCGCAAUCUGUGGUUCUUACAGUUGUUAGAAUGAGUGCUGAAAUUCUGGGCAGUAGAGAAUUGUUCGUUAAGGCCGGAAAUCCCGUAACUUUGUCCUGUAGAGUCAACCGAGGGGCUCUGAGUCCAGCGGAAUUAUUCCUCCCCACAUGCUCCUGGCAUUUUCAUUCACGACCGCUGCCCAUCCAUACGGCCAGAAUAGUCCAGGAAUGGUUUCAAGGUCGAGAGGAUCUGCAGUUGCUUGACUGGCCAAGCCUACUGGUUCAGGGUACUUGUGGAAGACGCAUUCUUUGUGCGAUCGAGAUAAGGUCAAGUGGUUGCUCCGAGUGUCGGGAGGAAAACGCCCAUCGAAAAGGUAUAAAGAAAAUAAGGAAACUGACAUCAACGGGCAUGAAGGCCAAGUUCAUGUGGGUGCCCUUUCAGGUUAAGAUGCCCGGUAAUGAAAGGGCAUAUGAACUGGCUAUACAGAAGCUGCUAUUGAAGACACUAUUGGCCGCAAACAGAUCAAAACAAGGAUCAGGAGUCCGCAGGUGUUUGACACCUUCGGACAGAGGCAGAUGGAGCAGGAAUCAAGCAAAACAAAUCGGCCCUGAUGAUGAGACCUAA